CCCCGUUCAUCAUUUGACUGAUUGAUCGGGCAAAGAAGGAAUGAACGAAAGCAGCGUCGGCAGGUGAACGAAGACGGUGAGAAGGAAAGCACGAAUUGGCGGCGCUGCAUCCGGGCCCUUGCUCGUCGGAGGUCACGAAGAGGACCGAAGGAAGAAGAAGCUCGCAGGCGGCUAAUCCUGAUGUCUUGGUCGACCGAUCGCGAAGAGGGAUCGUCUCUGGGGUUCGACGAGGCCGAAGGGGAAGAAGGACGAAGCAGCGAGGCUGCUGUGGCCUCGGUGGGUGCAGCGAGGUGCUGCUCAUGCAGCUUCUCGGCAGCUUGCUUCGGUUCUGCCAGCGAUGUGCGAAGGGAAGCUGCGAGAAAAGGGUUCAGUGGUGUUGAUGGGGAAAACGAAGAGGAAGAAGAGUCUAUUGCCAUUUGCUCGAUAAUCACAGGUAAACGAAGGAGAAGAACAGCAAAGGUUUUGGAGCUAGCUUGCCAUCGAGACAGAAGGGGGAAUGGGGUUUGAUGUUUCUGUCUGUCAGCUUCAAGUGAGAAGAACACGAUUCCUUUGUAUA